GCGACCAGAAAUUUUCCGUCCACUCUCUCCCCCUCCCCAACACCUCUUGGGCUCGUCGAGCGUCGUGCGACCGAGCGCGGGGGGCGAGGGGGCGUCCGGGAAGGGGGAGGGGGCCUCGCGAGACCCCUCCCCGCGUCCCGGGCCCCGGCGCUGAUUCACCGGCGAGGUAUUUGCAUCUGAGAGCGAUUUGUCACCCGGUGAUUUGUCUGCGGGGCGGUUUCUGCAAACACGUGAAUGAGCCACCCACCAGCUGCCCCUGGUGUGAGAAGGAGGCAUCGCCCCCCUGCCACUGGCAUGCCCCACCAGCCCUCAGCCUGAGCCCGGCGGCCCCCGCCCCUGCCCCCCUGCCACCCUGCACUGCCCCAGCUCCCCCGCGGCCCCCACACUGCAGUGCGGCCGGGCCCCCUCCCCACAGGGGCCGCCCCCGCCGCCCACCCCUGGUGCCCGGGGCGGCCCGGCCCGCAGGGCCAUGAAGCUGCAGGCUGUGAUGGAGACGCUCCUGCAGCGGCAGCAGCGGGCACGCCAGGAGCUGGAGGCCCGGCAGCCACCGCCACUGCCUGAGCCCCCGGCUGGCCCCCCAGCCCGUGCCAGGGCUGCCCCAGACGAGGACAGGGAGCCUGAGAACGCCCGGAUGCAACGGGCACAGAUGGCUGCUCUGGCUGCCAUGCGGGCUGCUGCUGCGGGCCUCGGGCAUACGCCCAGCCCUGGCGGCUCGGAGGAUGGGCCCCCUGGCUCAGAGGACGAGGACCCAGCCCAGGAGGAGGCACCAGUCUCUCCUGGCCGAGGCAGGGAUGCUGUGGGCCUCCCCGAAGGCGACAGCCACUUCGAGGAUGCAGGCUCAGACGAUGACCUGAAGCCGAAAUGGGAGGAGGAGGAGGAGGAUCUGGAGGAAGACCUGGGGGACGAGGAGGAGGAGGAAGAGGAGGAUGAGGACUAUGAGGACGAGGAGGGGCUCGGGCCUCCAGGCUCCGCCGGCCUAGGCCCCACAGCCCUGUUCCCUCGCAAGGCCCAGCCACUCCAGGCAUUCCGAGGAGACAGUGGGUCCCGGGCUCUGGGAGGCCAGGAGCGCCCAGGGGCUGGCCCAGCCCACCCUGGAGGGGCUGCCCACGUGGCUCCCCAGCUGCAGCCACCUGACCACGGGGACUGGACCUACGAGGAGCAGUUCAAGCAGCUCUACGAACUGGACGGGGACCCCAAGAGGAAAGAGUUCCUAGACGACUUGUUCAGUUUCAUGCAGAAGCGAGGGACACCUGUGAACCGCAUCCCCAUCAUGGCCAAGCAGGUGCUGGAUCUGUUCAUGCUGUACGUGCUGGUGACAGAGAAGGGUGGCCUGGUGGAGGUCAUCAACAAGAAGCUGUGGCGUGAGAUCACAAAGGGCCUCAACCUGCCCACGUCCAUCACCAGUGCUGCCUUCACCCUGCGCACCCAGUACAUGAAGUACCUGUAUCCCUAUGAGUGCGAGAAGCGCGGCCUCAGCAACCCCAACGAGCUCCAGGCGGCCAUCGACAGCAACCGGAGGGAGGGCCGGCGCCAGAGCUUUGGGGGCUCCCUCUUCGCCUACUCGCCAGGCGGGGCCCACAGCAUGCUCUCCUCGCCCAAGCUGCCUGUGCCCUCCCUGGGCCUGGCUGCCAGUACCAACGGCAGCUCCAUCACUCCUGCCCCCAAGAUCAAGAAAGAGGAGGACUCAGCCAUCCCCAUCACAGUCCCUGGCCGCCUGCCAGUCUCCCUGGCAGGCCACCCUGUAGUGGCGGCCCAGGCAGCAGCAGCUCAGGCAGCCGUGGCGGCACAGGCAGCUGCCCUGGAACAGCUCCGGGAGAAGCUGGAGUCCGGGGAGCCUCCAGAGAAGAAGAUGGCUCUGGUAGCAGAGGAGCAACAGCGGCUCAUGCAGCGAGCGCUACAGCAGAACUUUCUGGCCAUGACGGCCCAGCUGCCUAUGAGCAUCCGGAUCAACAGCCAAGCCUCUGAAAGCCGCCAGGACUCAGCUGCAAACCUGACCAGCACCAAUGGCAGCAACAGUAUUAGCAUGUCAGUAGAGAUUAACGGAAUCAUGUACACAGGAGUGCUGUUCGCCCAGCCACCGGCCCCCACGCCACCCUCAGCUCCCAGCAAAGGUGGAGGUGGCGGCAACCGGGGAGGAAACAGUGGGACCAGCAGCAGCAGCAGCAGCAGCAGCAGCACCGGCAGUGCAGGCAGCCAGGCCGGGCCAGCAGGGUUGUCUGCACCUACCACAUCUUCUACCUCAAAUAACUCAUUGCCUUAACCGCAACACUCCCCACCCUGGGAGCCUGCCAGACAGGGCAGGGGGUCGAGGUGGGCGAAGCAGGGGCCGGGAUGGCGGAAGAUACGGGUGGGGAGGGGAGAGAUCCACAUAGGAGCCACAGCUAACGCCAAAAAGAAGAGAAAAAUAUAUAUACAUAUAUAUAUAUAAAGAAAAUUUAAUAAAACAGGGGAAAACCAAGGAACACUUGAAUUACUCAGGUUUCAGACAUUCAGAGAGAUGAAUUGUGAGAACAGCUAAGGAAAUCGGCAAGGAGAGAGGCAGAUGUCUCCUAGGGCUUUCCGGCAGCCCUGGUGGACCCCCCUGGACUGGUGUCUGGUGUCUGAUCUGGACAGGCCGAUCCUGUUUACCUCAUACAUCCCUGCACUGUUUUUUCAUUUUUAUGUUUUUUUUGUUUGUUUUGUUUUGUUUUCUGUUCAUCACACACUUACCACACCCAGCUCCUUGUGUUGAAUGAAACCCCUGAGCCAAGAUCAGUUGAAUUUUUUUUGCCUGUUGCUUUCGGGAACUUUUUUUUUUUUUAAAGAAAUAGCCAAAUUCAAACUCUAUAGGAUUUCUAAGAGGUUUUGGGGGUUUUAUUUUGUAAAUAUUCUAUUUUAUUCUUGGGGGAGGAAUCAAACCUAGGAAAAGGAUAUAUAUAUCUCUAUAUAUUUGUGUUCAUUCAGGGAAACUGAACUUGAAAAAG